GCCCCGGUGAAGAGGGGGGCACGAGGCGCCGCCCCUUAACGGAGCGAGUUUCCCCAGCAGGCGGCCCCGGCUCGGCCGAGCCAUGGCGGACUUCUCCCCGGCGCUGUCCCUGCGGGAAGGUGGCCCCCGCGCGGCAAGGCAGCCGGCCUUGACUCCAACCCCCUCGCCGCCUCCGCCCCGCUCCCGAUCGGGCUCGGAGUCGGAGGAGGCCGAGCUGUCCCUGAGCCUGGCCCGCACCAAGACCCGCUCGUACGGCAGCACUGCGAGCGUGCGGGCGCCCCUGGCCGUCGUCGUCUGCGAGCGCCAAGUGCAGCAUCGGGUGUGCGCGGGGGACACGCUGCAGGGCAUUGCGCUCAAGUACGGAGUCACGAUGGAGCAAAUAAAAAGGGCCAAUAAACUAUUUACCAAUGAUUGUAUUUUUCUUAAGAAAACUCUGAACAUCCCUAUAAUAUCAGAAAAACCUUUAUUCAAUGGACUUAAUUCGCUUGAGUCUCCUGAAAAUGAAACUGUGGACAGCAGUCAUCUUUCUCAGGAAGAAGAGAUAGUUGAAGAUCAAGAAGAGAACAUCUCUCCUGUUUCUCAGGACUCUGAUAUCCAGUCCAUUCAGCCUGAAGAAGUGUCUGCCAAAGAUUUUCUACAGAGACUAGAUUUGAAGAUCAAGUUGUCAACACAGGCAGCCAGAAAACUAAAAGAUAGCAGAGACGAUGAAAGUCCCUAUGCAACAUCUCUCUACCACAGUUAAAUGAUUAAUAGACCAGACUUGGAAGAAGAAGCAUAUGGAUUUUGAAGAGUACAACUGAAGAUUCUGAAGGCUGCCUUUAGGAUUCCUAGUACAGAUUUCUGAGAGUCACAUACUGAUAAUUUCACUGACUGUAAUUGCACUGAAAUAAUUUGUCCCUUUUUGCCUUCUAUACCUUGAUGUCUUCAUUAUGGCAUGAUCAGUAAACUUAUAUUCUUGAGGUCACUCUUUUGUAGGAUGGCUUGAUCUUUAGGCUAGCUUUUGUAAAUAUUUAAAAUAAAGCACUAAGGACUUCUCAAUUUAAAUAAUCAAGAUAAAAACAUCAUUUAUCUUUGAAAAUCUAAUAGAUAAUAAUUGCUCUUUUGAUGAGUGAAUUUGCUGUGUGUUUAUAGUAUAUGAGGUGAAAUAUAUAUAUAUAUACACAUAUAUUUAGGUAUGUAUUACAUAUGCUGUAUUAUUCUGAAGAACCAAAUUUAUUUCUCUAUUUUGAAAAAUAAACUGAAAAAGUAUGAAUGAGAAAAUAAACUACGUUUAUAUACUUAAAAUUUUUACUUUUUUAAACAAAGGAAUAUAGAAGGCUUGCUGAUAAUAUUUUGAAAUACGGUACAGUAUGACAGAGUGGAUAAAAGGUGGUCUUCUAAUCAGAAAAGAUCUGCCUCUGACAGGUACUAGUCCUAUGACCAUAAAGAAAUCACUUCUCAGUCCUCCAGGCAAUACAUUACUCAUCUGCAUUAAUGGAAAAUGUUUCUAUAUUUAUAUAGUCAAUCAGUCACUUGACAUUUAUCAAAACACCUAAUACAAGCCAGGUAGUGUUAUAAGUGCUAGGAAUGCAAAGAAAGACAAAAGAUAGUCUUUUCUCAAAUAGCUUACAGUCUAAUAGAGAGACAACAUGCAAAUAACUGUACAAACAAAACAUGUAUAGGAUAAAUUGGAGCUAAUCAACAGAAUACUAGCAUAAAAGGGAAUCAGGAAAGGUAUCUCAUAGAAGAAAGAAUUUGUUUGAGACUUGAAGGAAGCCAAGAAGCAGAAGUGAAAAGGGAGAGCAUUCCAGAUGUGGGAGACAAUAGGUGAAAGUGUCUGCAGUGAGGAAAAGGGAAGUCUCAUGAGGAUAGCAGCAGCAAGGAAGCCAGUAUUACUGGAUCCCAGAAUUGGGAUGAGUAAACUGUAAGAAGAGUGAAAAGAUGGUGGUGGAAGAGCAGGCUACAAAGGGCUUUGAGCAUCACACAGGGCAUUUUGUAUUUGAUCCUGGAGGUGAAAGGGAGCCAUUAUGAGUGUUGAGUAGGAGGGUGAUGUAGUCAGACCUAUUCUAUACCUUCUAUCAAAGAAGUUUACUUUGGUUUUCAUUUAUUUGUUUAUUUGUUUUUAAUAAUAGGUUUUUAUUUUCAAAAUACAUGCAAAGAAAAUUUUUAAUGUUCACCCUUGUGUUCCAAAUUUUCUUUUUCUCUUCCCUUCACCCCCUUUCCUAGACAGCAAGUAGUCCAAUAUAUGUUAAACUAUGUACAAUUUUUCUAUACAUAUUUUCACAUUUAAGAAAGAUCAAUUUGACAGUUGAGUGGAAGAUGGAUUUUAGUGGAGAGAGAUUUGAAACAUUGAGACCAAUCAGUAGAUCAGUGAGAUGGUCAGAAGGUCAGAAGGAGAGAAGAGGGCAUAUUCAAGAGAUGUUAUGAAGGCAAAAUCAAUAGGACUUGGAACCAGAUUGGGUAUAGCUCUUAAAAGUUUACAUAGCAUUUUCUUUGAGAGAUAGUCAGUGUUAGUAUUUUUAUCUCUGUUUUACAGAUAAGGAAACCAAGCUUUGGAGAAGUCCAGCAUUAGAACUGAACUCAGAUCUUUGGAUUUCAAGAUCAAUACUUUUUCUUGUACAGUGGUGUUUCUAUCAUGUGUUAAUAAAUUUUUAUUUUAAUUAUA